CUUGCUCGCUCAUGUACAAUAGAUCCGUUUGUCUUAUUCUUUUUGAGAUCUAGUUAAAUAUUGAACCACACUAAUCAUAAGUACGUAUUUUGUCAACAAAAAAAAAGCAUAUGUACGUAGAAGGGUUAUUAGAUUUUACUUGCUACAUAAUGUGGUUGCAUAACACGUUUAUAUCACUAAGCUUUUGUUUGUUUAUACAUUUUCUCCAGUAUUUCCCCUAAUUUAAUUAAAUGUAACACUGAGCUGUUUGUUUUCUUCUGAACAGGCCUAUGGAUUGGAAAAAAUUGUUAGUCAAUAGCCUUGUUUGAACUCAGUUGAUUAUAAACCACAAGUAUAAUCCCUCUUAUGGCAAAACAGCACCUUUGUCUCACUCUUCUUACCAAACACUAAAACAAGCAAAAGGAAUCGUUUUUUUCUUUCUUGUAACUUUUGUGUUUCGCAAUUACAUAAUUUAUUCUUUAUAAAAAGUGACUCUCAAGAGUCUCAACAUUUGCAGCUAAUUGACUCAGCAUUUUCAUUCACACCAGUCACCAAUGGAAAACUCAAACACUGAUUCAGAAGUUUUCUCUUGGUUUCAAAACCAGAACCAAAGCCAUUGUCUUAAGUUUCCUUCUUCUUGCUUUCCACCGACCUCUCACUCUGCUUUUUAUGGAUCUAGCUCAGUGAGCAACACUGAGACUAACACUAUGGACGAAGAAGACGUCUGUGAAAGCUACAAGACGCGUGAGAUAACCAAGAAACGGAAGCUGACACCAAUCCAAUUGCGUUUACUAGAGGAGAGUUUCGAAGAAGACAAAAGACUCGAACCAGACAGGAAACUCUGGCUGGCCGAGAAGCUGGGUUUGCAGCCGAGUCAAGUUGCUAUUUGGUUCCAAAACAGAAGGGCUAGGUUCAAGACCAGACAACUAGAGUUCGACUGUGACUCUCUUAAGGCUAGCUAUGCUAAGCUCAAGACCGAUAGGGACAUUCUCUUUCUACAAAACCAAGCCCUCAAGAACAAGGUUGCUCUUCUCAAAGCGGAGCUGAAAAUGCAAGAGAAACUUGAAACUAAGUCUAUGGAAGCCGAGAAGCUUGGGGAAGAAGGUAGCUCGGUGAAAAGCGAUAAUACGCAUUACAGUCAAGAAGAACCAUGGUGGGGAAAUAAUCCAUACAGCUUCCCGGAGCUUGCAGCUCUCGGAUUUUACUAUGAUCCAUCUUUGAGUGCUUCAAAUCUAGGGUUAUGAGCUUGUGACACUGUUAGGUCUACAUCCCGUGUGGCCCAAGAUAAUAACCUAUCUGUUUCCUUAUUUUUCUUAGGGUUGAAAUAUUUUCAUGGAAUGGUAACAAAAUGAUCUAAUAAAUAAAAUAUUAAUUUUCUUAAAUAUACGUUAUGUUAAAGUACUACGACAUUUCAUACAAUUCGACCGACAAGACCAUAUUUUUCAAUGCCUAGAGAAUCCAAAGGUAGUAUUUUUC